AUGGCGACUGCAGCCCAGUCGAGCGGUGCCCACAGCAAUGCUACCUUCAGAGACAAGGAGAAGCCUCUGGCUGUGCGAUCAGCCAACAUUGUUGCUGCUAGAGCCGUCGCCGAUGCCAUCCGAACCUCGCUAGGACCCCGAGGUAUGGACAAGAUGAUCAGGAGCGGAAAGGGUGAGACCAUAAUCACAAACGAUGGAAACACCAUGUUGAAGAGCAUGUCUGUCAUGCACCCGACAGCCAAGAUGCUUGUCAACCUCUCGUCCGCACAAGACGUCGAGGCAGGAGACGGUACAACCUCAGUAGUUGUCAUCUGCGGCGCCCUGCUCGGUGCGGCAGACCGGCUAUUGGGCAAGGGCAUCCACCCGUCGGUCAUCUCCGAAGCCUUCCAAAGAGCCGCCGCGGCAGCGGUCCAAGUACUCCACGACAUGUCACACCCCGUUUCCCUAUCCGACAAUGCAACCCUCCUCCAGGCCGCGAACACGUCGCUAUCCUCCAAGAUCGUCUCACAGUACUCCGGCCUCUUGGGACCCAUGGCAGUCAACGCCGUCACGAAAACGAUCGAUAUCAAGACGGCAGACAACGUGGACUUGAAGAACAUCAGAAUCAUCAAGAAGGUCGGAGGCACGAUAGAGGACAGUGAGCUGGUCGAUGGCUUGGUUCUGACGCAACCAGUUCUCAAGGGAGCAGGUGGACCAGUGAGGGUGGAGAAGGCCAGAAUUGGCCUGAUCCAGUUCCAGUUGAGCCCGCCCAAGCCAGACAUGGAGAACACCAUCUCCGUCAACGAUUACCGCCAAAUGGACAAGAUCGUCAAGGAGGAACGUCAGUACCUCUUGAACCUGGUUAAGAAGAUCAAGAAGGCCAAGUGCAAUGUUCUUCUGAUUCAGAAGUCCAUCCUUCGUGACGCUGUCAACGAUCUUUCCCUACACUUCCUCGCCAAGCUCAACAUCCUUGCCGUCAAGGACAUUGAGCGAGAUGAGGUCGAGUUUAUCUGCAAGUCCACUGGCUGCAAGCCCAUUGCAGACAUCGACUCUUUCACAGAGGACAAGCUCGGAACGGCUGAUCUGUUUGAGGAGUCCCAGUCGAGUGGUGCCCGUAUGGUCAAGGUGACUGGUACAAAGUCCGCCGGCAAGACCAUAUCGAUCGUCUGCCGCGGCGCGAACAGCCUCAUCCUCGACGAAGCUGAGCGCUCACUUCACGAUGCCCUUUGCGUCAUCCGCUGCCUCGUCAAAAAGAAGGCCCUCAUUGCGGGUGGUGGUGCCCCGGAGAUCGAGAUUGCAGCUCAGCUUUCCAAGCAAUCACGAUCACUGACUGGUACAGAAGCGAUAUGCUGGAAGGCUUUCGCAGACGCGUUGGAAGUUGUGCCCACGACACUGGCUGAGAAUGCCGGUUUGAACAGCAUCAAGGUUGUCACAGACCUCAGACACAGGCAUGAGAUGGGCGAGAAGAAUGCGGGUGUCAGUAUCAAGAGCGGCGGUGUCAACUCGAAUAUUGCCAAGGAGAACGUAUUGCAGCCCCUUUUGGUGAGCACAAGUGCCAUUGAGCUGGCAGCUGAGACGGUCAAGAUGAUAUUGAGAAUCGAUGAUAUCGCUCUGACGCGGUAG